UUAUUACUAUCAGUAAUAAAAUGGAACUGUCCAGGUUCGGACGUGUCUUUGUGUAUCUGUUAGUGUAUAUUAACUCAAGAACAGUAUGCGGUCAGGAAUAUUCAAUACCAGAUGUAACGAUACAAGCUUUACAACCGAAAGGAAUCAGAAUAUCAAUACCAUCAAACCCAAAACUUAGUUUGUUUGUAUUCCAAGGGAAUAUAAAUAACAAAAUAGGUGAAAACGAUGUCGGUACGAUUUCUGCUGAAAUAACUAAUCCUACUAAUGGCAGAUGGUCUUACGAAGACCUCAACAAACAGCUUAAUGUUGGAGACAUCAUUUAUUACUAUGUGUACGUCGUUUACAAUAGAAAAGGCUAUAUUAAGGACAAUUUGUCCUUCACCGUUAAGGGAUUAGAAAAUCUUUCAAGUAGUUCUGUAGCAGAAUGCUCACCAACGUCGACUGUGGUAAAGAAUGGAAAAGCGUGUGCUGGUCAGGUCCUGUUUGAAGACAAUUUUGAUACUCUUCGAGAAGACUUGUGGCAAGUUGAACAAUAUAUACCAGACGAACCAGACUACCCCUUUGUUUCCUACCAGCGUCCACCAAAUGCAGCGAUAGUCUCAACAAAUGGGGGUUAUUUGUAUAUUCAGCCAAAGCUUCUACAAGAUCUGCCAGGAUUUUCUAAUUCGUCUUUGUUUACUGAUACUUUGGAUUUGUUUAGUGGAUGUACAACCACGUCGUCAAAGUGUCUCGUUGAAGCUUGGGGUGCUAGUAUCUUACCACCGAUAGUUAGUGGUCGUCUUACUUCUAAAUCAUUUUCUUUCACAUACGGCGUUGUGGAAGUGAGAGCCAAAGUACCUCAAGGGGAUUGGCUUUAUCCGGAUAUCUUACUGGAAUCGCUGAUGAAAAAGUACGGUGUACCGAAUUACGCGUCAGGCGUUCUUAGGAUAGCUGGCGUACGAGGCAACCCGCAGCUGUCCUUAGUUAAUAACGAAAUCGGAAAUAAGCUCCUCUAUGGUGGACCGAUGCUGGACACCCAAUGUCGCAAUACUUUGCUCAGUGAAAAAUUUUCCAAUAAACCCUGGGGCGAUGACUUCCAUGUUUAUUCAGCGAGAUGGGAACCAGAAAGGAUAAUAUUGUCUGUGGACGGCGAAGAGUGGGCAAGGAUAGAACCAGCUGCUAGUGGACUUCAAGGCCGUUUCGCUCGUACCUGUGAUCUACCACGGACUUUACUCUCAAGGGGUACCAAUAUGGCGCCAUUCGAUGAUCACUUCUUUAUAACCCUGGGCGUGGCAGCUGGAGGUAUCACUGAAUUUAGGGACGAUCUCACAUCAGCGGGAAGACCAAAACCCUGGCGGAACAGUGGCCGGAAAGCCAGUCUUCGUUUCUGGCAGGACAUGUCCUCCUGGUAUUCCACGUGGAGACAACCUGCCUUAAUCAUCGACUACGUUAAAGUUCGAGCUAUUUAAUUUAGUUAACC